UUUAUUUUUUAAUCCUCUUUCCGUUGGCCAACAAUUAUAUAAUAGAGUUAUGGGCUCCUCUCCCCCCUCCUCCUAGAAUCUCCUUUACUCAUUCUUCUCUGCACUUAUCAAUCAUUCAUCUCUCAGUAAGAUCCACUUUCCUUACACUACAAACACAACUCUCUCUUUUCCCUUUCCAAAUUUCAUCAUCAUAUAUACAAAAACAACAAUGGCUGCACUGUAUUACACUGGAUGUGAAGACCACAACUACCAACCCCAUUUUCUUGAUGCUUGUUCUCUUUGCCAAAGAACCUUGGCUCACAACCAUGACAUCUUCAUGUACAGAGGGGAUACACCAUUUUGUAGCGAAGAAUGCAGACAAGAACAAAUAGAAAUGGAUGAAGCUAAUGAAAGAAAAUGGAAAAUUGCAGCAGCAAAGAGAUCAUCAUCAAGAACAAAGACAGAGACGCCUACUAAAGAAACUGAUGCAAAUAAAGCUGUACGAAAUGGAACUGUUGCAGUGGCUUGAUGAUCUUUAUUAAUCCUCACAUAAAGUAAUCGAUCUUGAUGAUGAUCAUGGAAGCUAUAACUCAAAAAAAAAAAAAAAGAAAAAUUAAAUAAAAGACGAGAAAAAUGGCUUCUGAUUUACGAUAUCAAGUUAAAUAAGGAGGAAUUUUGAGUACAGAAAUCUUGUGUAAAAAAAUAUAUGAUGGGAAUUGCAAAGAGUAAAUCCCAUCAAACAAUUUUGUUGAAUCUUUUUUUUUUUUUUUUUCUUUUUGCGGUUUCUAAUUUAGCUUUUGUCAAAAUAUGGUGGGAGUGUCUGUAAAAAUGGGCCGUCCAUAUAUGGUAAUCUGAGAUCUCUAAUCUUUUGUGAUCA